GCGAAAAAUUGGAAGAAGAAAUUAGGGAAAAAAAUUUCUUUUUUUAUUUUACUCAUUAUCCAACCAAAACGUGACACGUAGCGUGUCUUAUUGGUUGUUUCAUGUUGCUUCCGAUGCUUCCUAAAGAAACGAUUCUCUGAAAAGUAAGCUAUAUUUUUUAGUUUUGAUUUAUUUUUGGGCUUUAAAAGGGUUGAGCAACCCAUAGAGUAAUUCUAGUGGAGAUUCCCUUAAAUCUUACAAUUAGCUUAACAAUAAAUCAAGUAGUAAAUAACGUGACAAUGCACUAAGGCAGAUUAGACGCACAUUAGCUUGUUGGUGAUACACGCACAUUAGUAACCAAACUGAUACACACGCAUUUCAAAUUGAACUCAGCUCGCGUAGUCAGUCAGUCUCUGGUUAACUUAUUUAUUACCAAGAUUUUAAAUAAAUUGCAUUAUAUUCAAAUUGCAGCCCUUUUGAAAUUUGAAUUAUAAAGUUUGAUUUCAAAUAUUUUUUUUUUGUUUGGCCUUCUCACCGAACAAGAACUGAACUCAUGUAGUAAGUAACAAGGAGCAAAAAAGAAAAAGACAAUUUUGCCCCUCAGCCACGGUGACCCUUGCUUCUUCACUUGUAUCGUUACCGAAGACGCCGUCGUCGACGUCCUCUCCUCCGGUAAGGGCAAGUCUUACGGUCCCGGAGUUGUGAUGUGUUCUUCUAGCCUUCUCAUUGAAGUUUCUCAUAAACUGUGCUUGUUCGCUGUGGCUUUGAUGACUCUGUUCUCUCAUGGGUUGUUGUGAAGUUGUUGCUGUGCGACUCAUUUGAUUUGCAGAAUCAGUAGAUAGAUCAAACAUUCUGUUUUUCACACUAGGAGAGACUUUGCCAUUACUAAAUCCACCAGGGAAGAUCCCGUUUGUAGUCAUCUGAUGCUUAUAAUGUUCAGAAUCUGAAGGGGUCAUGUUCUUCAUCAUGUCACUAGAUGACCUUCAUCAUGUCACUGGAUGACCUGUAUGAUGCCACUGUAUCUGAUUUUCCAAAGCUUCGGUGUUCCGAAACAAAAAGCAGAACCAGAACUGGUUUGUUCUGCUGGUGGUGGUAAAUUCAGUUCUACUUGCUGAGCAAUCCUCCUGUUUUGAGGGCUUGACAAAAUCUAGCGGAGAAGGAUUUUGAUAUUCAUGCUGGCUCAUAGAUUUAAGGUUUCUUACUUGAGUAGCAAGAAAAGAUUAUGGAAAGUUGGAAACAGAGCCUUGGAAACCGGAAAAUUCAGACUAAAACUCGAGUCUGGUGAGAUCAUUAUAAGUUUUGGUAAUUCAAAAGGAGAGAAAAAAAAGGAAAAAGAAAAAAAAAGAACAUAGAAAGGAGGAAACUGCGGUUACAAGAAGCCUAGCAAACGUCUCCGUUUCCCAUUCAUUCUCUCGCAAGUUAGUUUUUUUUUUUUUUUGCUGCAAAAUAUCGGAAAGAUGGUCCAAGUACCCGAUGUGAAACAUGCUCGACCCCUUGAGGGAUAUCGCGGGAUAAAAGCCAUUGGUUGUACUCCCGCUAACGAAUCCAUAGCAAAGUUUGGACUCCAUUGCUUCAAUUCUCACAAGGGGACUAAUUUACAGUUCUUGACUGUAACCCAACUCCUUCCGCGAGCUGUUUCACAUGUCAAAUAUAUUAUGACAUUGGAUGCCUUUGAUCCAGCCAACGGUUCUAUUCAUAGUAUCGACACCUGUGUUUGGCAUUCUUCUCAGAGGAAUGAUGAGAACUUGAGAUUAAUCACCACUUAUUGCAGACCUACAGGAUCUGGAGAAAGCGGUUCCCAAUGGGACCCAAAUGGUGUAGACGUGUUCUAUACUGGUGUGAUGCCUAAGUGGCUAGAUGAUGAUGCACUUACAGGAAGCGAUAAGCUACACUUCUAUGAGGUUAAUGAUUCGGAUUUGCAACAGAAUGCAUGGCUUCAUCUAUAUGCUCAAGUUGCUGCAUACUCUAGGUGGAUUUAUCACAUGGUGGAUCAUCUCCCAUUGGAGAUAAAGAAAGUGGUGGUACAAACAAAGGAAGACAUAGAGUCAAGUUUGAAGUUGAAGUCGGGCAAUGCAAUCUUCUACUUAAGUUUCAAGACUCGUGAAGGUGCCGAGUACAAAUCCAUAAUAAGGCAAACGAGGGAUGGAAGACCACAACACAUGUGCCUUGAAGUUAAACAUGUUGAGAUGGACAAGUAGACGACAAAAGUGUUGUGACUUUUUAAUAUAUCAUGUUUAUGUCCUUAGUUGGUUGGUGGUAUUGAGUUUGUGUGUUGUCCUUGCCACUUUUAAUGACUAGAAGAGAGUUGUAUUGAGAGUGUGUUUAGCAGUUUGUGUGUUGUUUACCUCUGAAUGCUAUGUUUUUUUUUCUUCUAAUUAAU